AUGGGAUUAUGUGGAGAAAUUGGUAAUAUAGAUAAAAAAAAUAUUUAUGGAGUUAUGCCUUAUAUAGCCCCUGAAUUGUUAAGAGGAAAUCCUUAUACUCAAGCAGCAGAUGUAUAUAGCUUUAGUAUGAUUAUGUAUUCUGUAGCAACUGAGAUACAACCUUUUAACGAUCGUGCACAUGAUGAAAAUUUAGCAUUAGACAUAUGUAAAAGUGUUAGACCUGAAAUAAACGAAUUAGAAAUACCAAAAUGUUAUAUUAACCUAAUGAAAAGGUGUUGGGAUUCAAAUCCAGAUAAUAGACCAAAUGUUACUGAAAUAGAAAAGUCUAUUUAUAAUUUGAAUUUACCUCUCCAAAAAGAUCGUGAAAUUUAUAAGCAAUUUUUAGAAGCGGAAAGUUAUAGAAAAGCAAAUAAAAAGCGUCAAUUAUCUGCUCACCCUCAAGCUUUUUAUACAUCCAGAUUGCUUAAUCUCUUUACAAAAGAUCUUCCAAAGUAUAUUGAUGAUAAUGAUUUAAGUUCAAAAAUUACAAUUAAUAAUGAAGAUAAUUAUAAUGAAACAAUUCCAAAUACUAGCCUAGGAUUUAACGAUGCCAAAAUUUUCAAUUCCAAACAUACAGUAGAAAUAAAGGUACUGAAGUGGGCGUGCUGUGAUGAAUCAGCAGAUACAGGAUUUUUACCUUCUUUUUUGAUUAUUAAUGAAUUUGGUUUUAUUUUUUAA